ACCCUGAGCCCCGACAUGCCAGAGAUGUACACUAUCUUCGGCGAAAUGCCUGUUCCCACUCAAGUUCACCAUUACGGUUAGCCUUUUCCUUCGCGUGGCAGGUUUUUGUCCCGGCGUUCUAACAAAAGUCUUUCAUGUGGAGUUGUUGUUUAUUUCAUCUCUUGUUCUUUAUUGCUCGGGGAGGUUUCGGCGCACACGGUAGCCCCAUUGUGGCUUUUAAUGAAUGUAUUAUGUUGUAAGGAAUGAGAUAACUGAGGCAUAAAUUAAUCUUAGGGGUCGGCACUGUUAGGGGUCACACUUCGAUUGUCUCAAUCUAAAAGAAUGCCGUACGUACAAGAAGGAAUAGCUGAAGAGGAAAAGGAAACAAGACGGUCUGGCGAGGAACAGGACAUAUAUAUAGCAAGCAUAUCAAGGGGGCACCCCUUGCAUACCACGAAGGCCGUAGUGCCGAGUCAUAUCCGGAGGGUUCGUACGGGAUCGUACGACAACCCCAUAACAUCCAUUACGGAGUUAUGUCUAGUUAUAUGUAGUAUUCUUUGUAGCUUUAUCAUGAUGACCCUACGGGCGGACACCAAGCGUCCAAACGCACUCUGGAAAGCAUACAGCAGAAAUACCUGUGGCGUGGUAUGCGCUGUGAUGUUGACAAGUACACAAAGACCUGCGACCUCUGUCAGAGAAUCAAGGUACACCGGCACGUACCAUAUGGCAAACUUCAGGCAUUACCAGUCCCCGAAGGCCCGGGAGACCUUAUGACAAUGGAUUUUAUCACGGUAUUACCUGCGAGCAAGUGGAUAGGGAAGAGCUAUGACUCGUUUUUGGUUGUUG